AUGGCAGCGACAAGGAAAUUACAAGGUGAAAUAGACAGGUGUUUAAAAAAAGUAACAGAAGGGGUGGAGACUUUUGAAGAUAUCUGGCAGAAGGUUCACAAUGCAACAAAUAGUAACCAAAAGGAGAAAUAUGAGGCGGAUCUCAAGAAGGAGAUUAAGAAACUCCAGAGGCUACGGGAUCAGAUCAAGUCCUGGAUCGCCUCCGGGGAGAUUAAGGAUAAGAGUACACUUUUAGAAUAUAGGAAAUUAAUAGAAACUCAAAUGGAGAGGUUUAAAGUUGUGGAGCGUGAGACUAAAACAAAGGCAUACUCGAAGGAAGGGUUAGGGGCAGCACAAAAACUGGACCCUGCCCAGAAAGAGAGGGAAGAAAUGUCUGCGUGGCUAGUCUCAUCAAUAGAUGCACUUAAUUUACAGGUUGAUCAAUUCGAGUCUGAAGUAGAGUCAUUGUUAGUUGGUAAGAAGAAACGAUUGGACAAGGAGAAGCAGGAUCGCAUGGAGGAGCUCAAACUUAAGCUUGAGAAGCAUAGGUUCCAUAUAAAGAAGCUCGAGACACUGCUACGCAUGCUAGAUAACAUGUCUGUUGAAGUUGAACAGAUAAAAAGGAUAAAAGACGACGUAGAAUACUACAUAGACUCUUCCCUGGAGCCGGGUUUCGAGGAGAACGAAUACAUAUACGACGACAUCCGCGGCCUGGACGAGAUCGAGCUUAGCGGGGUCGGUCUACCAUCAUCGGCCACCACGGACAGCAACAACAGCAACGACUCUGCGGGCUCCCCUACCAGCAUACUGUCAGGCACAAGUCCUAUAACGUCUCCUACACUAGAUGUCCACAAUCACUCUACAGACUCCAUAGACGUAGAAAAAAAGAAAAAGGAGGAGGUGAUCGCGAAACCGGUCAAACCGAUGCCGCUGCGGGCCGUGACCGCGGGCGCGGCGGUUACUGUCGCGCCUAACGUUAGUUCCUUGCUCAAUAUCUCCGCCGCAUCCACCAAUAGCACAAUAAGCGCGGGCGUAGUGUCGGGAUCGUCGACGCCCAGCAAGGCGCCGCCCCCGCCCUCCCCGCCCCACCACGCGCCCGCCCCGCACCCCGUCCCGCACCACCUGCCGCGCCCUACUGCGGAAGUAGUGGAGAAUGGUCCCGUGUCGAGCGCGCCCGCGCACACGACGACGCAUCUACCGCAAGUCACGCAACCGCCCCCAGUUGUGAAAAGUGCUUCCGUGCCGCUGGGUAGCAGCGCUCCGGCGACGGGUGGCGGCGGCUCCGAGCGCGCCUCCCCGCUCACGCUCACGCUCAACGGGCCCGCGCCGCACCACGCGCUCAACAACGGGCGAGCGAGCGAAGCGUCGAGCGCGAGCGGAGCGACGAGCGUGAGCAGCGCCAGCGCCGCGCCCGCCGGCACCGCCUCCCUCAAGGCCAUGGCGCAGGAGGCCGUCCAGCGCGCCGGCCUCGACCACCACCAGAAUGUACGAAGAGGUGUACCAUUAGCACAAGCGCACAUCCCACCCUUAUUAGGAGUCGCGCCUCUAGGACCCUUGCCAUUAAAUUCUGAACACCAGCUCCAGUUCCAGAUGAUGGAAGCGUCGUUCUACCACAUGCCUCAUCCAUCGGACUCUGAAAGAACGCGAGCUUAUUUGCCCCGCAAUAUAUGCCAGACGCCCGUAUACUACAACCAGGUGCUUCUACCUCACUCGGACAGCGUAGAGUUCUUCCAGCGGCUGUCGACGGAGACACUGUUCUUCGUGUUCUACUACAUGGAGGGCACGAAGGCGCAGUAUCUCGCCGCCAAGGCGCUCAAGAAGCAGAGCUGGCGGUUCCACACCAAGUACAUGAUGUGGUUCCAGCGACACGAGGAGCCGAAGGUCAUCAAUGAGGAGUAUGAACAGGGCACAUACAUAUACUUCGACUACGAGAAAUGGGGUCAACGGAAGAAGGAAGGGUUCACAUUCGAGUACAAGUACUUAGAGGACCGCGACCUCAAUUGA